GUUUUAGGAGGAACGUACAAAGGGUGAGACUCUCUCUCUCUCUCUCUCACUCUCUAAUGGCGGACGAGGAAGAGAGAGUCAUGGAAGAACAAGUGGAGCUUCAACUGCAAGACCAAAGAGACUCGCUCGCGGCUCUUAAAGAUGCCCUCUCUUCUGAUCCUACCAACCCCGAUCUCCUUCCUGUUUAUGAGGAGCUUGUUCAGGCUAUCAAAGAUGCAGAGCAAUGGCUCCUUCAGUUGAAACGUGCGAGGUUGCUGCGAGAGGUGGAUUCGGUUCUAGAUAGUUCCAAGUAUGUCGCUGAUGAUGUCAAAGUGGAGCCCCUUGAUCCAACACAAGUUGAAGCAGAACCACUGGCGGAUCUAAGUUAUUCUGUUGGAUCUAAGUGUAGAUUCCGCCACACUGAUGGACGUUGGUAUGAUGGUCUGAUUUUUGGGUUGGAAGGUUCUAAUUCAGCGAAGAUUUCUUUCCUCACACCAACAUCUGAAAACAUGUUGAUAUGCAAGUUCUUUCUACAGCAGCGGUGUCGAUUUGGUACUAGCUGCCGCUUAUCACAUGGUGUUGAUGUCCCGUUAUCUUCCCUGAAGAAGUAUAUCCCCACAGUAUGGGAGCCGUCACUGGUGGGGUCCACUAUUUGGGCAGUGCCCGACAAUAAAACUGGCAUUUGGAGGGAAGCUGAACUUGAAUUAUGGGACGAUGAACUCAAAACGGGGAAAGUAGUUUUUAGAGGCACUGGAAUCUCCACAAAGCUUGGGGGUGAUGCUAUUGCUUUGUCUGAAUAUGCACAAAUGAGUGAUGAAGAAGAAAAUGACAUGAGUUCAGAACAAUCUGAUUCCAGUGACAAUGAUGAAGACAAUUCUCAGGGUUUAGGAUUCCUUGAAAGCACUGCCCUUCAGAAAGGCAUCCAGACAGAAACUGCCAUUUUUGCAAAAUGGGAGAAUCACACCCGGGGUAUAGCUUCCAAGAUGAUGGCUAAUAUGGGUUACUGUGAAGGAAUGGGUUUAGGUGUAUCUGGGCAGGGAAUGGUGGACCCCAUUUCUGUAAAAGCUCUUCCGCCAAAGCAAUCACUUGAUCAUGCCAUUGAUUCCCGGGAAAAUGAAGAGAAUAAGGAAAAUCGGGGGAAGAAACGAAGCAGAGGUGGGAAGAGAAAGCGUGAUAAGAAGUUUGCAGCAGCGGCUAAAGCUGCCAAGGAGGAAGAGGAAGCAGAACCAGAUGUCUUUAGUCUUAUCAAUACCCAGCUUGCUAUGCACAGUGAAGCUAUGAAUGGAAGAUCAGAGAAACAGACGAAUAAACAGUUUGGGGAAGGGAAGAGAGAAGACAGGCGGGCCCUACUUGCUUAUGACGAUGAGGUGAGGGAGCUGAGGAUGCGAGUUGAGAAGCUUGAAGAAAUGGUGAGUCGAAACAAGAAAGAGAAGGUAGUUUAUGAGGCUGCUAUGAGGAAGCUGAACGAAACGCGCAAAGCUUUGGCAGAAGCUGAGGCAGCUCACACAUCUGCGUCGAAUGCCGUCGCCAGCAAAGAAAGGGAGAAAAGAUGGCUUAAAUUUUAAAUCACUUGACAUUGUAUACGGAUAUGGUGGUAUGUUUUCUAAAUGUGAUUUUUUUUUUCUCUUGGGUUGCUUCCAAACUUUGUUGUUUUUUUUUUUUUAAAAUUAGGUUACCCUUUAGGUAUCAUGAGUUCUCUCUGGAUGAACAGAGGACUUGUUUUUCAUCUCCAUAUUGUUGGGUCCUAAAUUAUGUUAUGAUGCCAAUUUGCCAAGGCAAAUGACUUAAAUUUGUAAAAAGUUAUUGGUAUGUUCAGGAACUGCCUAGUUCUAGUUGGUUUU